CUCAAACCAAUCCUUGCACUGGCAGGAACUCAAAAGGUAGACUUGGGAGGGGUUGGAGGAAGAUAUAAAGGCUGGUAGCUGGAGGCAAAGAGCAGCACUGAACGGGAGAGACUCAAGGAGAGGAGGAAUCAGAGACACCAAAACAUGAAGAUGAACUGGAAACUUCUGUUUUGCCCUGGACUCCUGCUGCUGCUUAUUGUCUGUCAAAACCAGGCGAUGGCCAGGCCCGUUUCCAGCUUACAGGGUCUAGCCAAGCUGCUAGAUGAGGACCUGGAGCAUACCCUGCUCUCAGAAGAGACAGAGCAUGAGCAAGAUGACAUGAUCCUAAGAGGUCCCUUUGAUCAGCAAGACACUGAAUUCCAGUGGACUCAAAACACUAGGGACCAGCCUGAGAGCAUGUCCAUGGAUGAUAGUGCUGUCCAGAGAUACUUCAGCAGCCUCCUAAGUUUACCCCACAGAUACCGAGGCAGAAGCAAAAAGGGUCUCUCCAGGGGCUGUUUUGGUGUCAAGCUGGACAGAAUUGGGUCACUGAGUGGACUGGGAUGCUAACU